AUGACGUCCAUGACCGCCCGCAAAAGCUACAGCAUCGCCUCGAUGGGCGCCGACGGCAUCGGCCCCGAGGUGGUAGCAGCUGGCGUGGAGGCGCUGAAGGCGCUGGCCGAGGUGUCACAGACAUUUGAACUCGUCUUCACCGACUACGACUGGAGCUCGCAGACGUACAAGAAGACGGGCCAGUACAUCCCGGAAGGCGGGCUGGAGCGGCUGAAGAAGCACGAUGCGAUACUGUUUGGCGCAGUGGGCGCGCCAGACGUGCCGGACCACAUUUCCCUCUGGGGUCUCCGGCUGGCGAUCUGCCAGCCGCUGCAACAGUACGCCAACGUGCGACCGACACGGGUGCUUCGGGGGACGCAGUCACCGCUGCGGAACUGCCAAGUGGGCGACCUGGACUGGGUGAUUGUGCGGGAGAACAGCGAGGGCGAGUACGCCGGCCAGGGCGGACGGUCGCAUCGGGGGCAGCCGUGGGAGGUGGCGACGGAGGUGGCCAUCUUCACACGACACGGGGUCGAGCGGCUGAUGCGAUUCGCCUUUGCGACAGCCCAGGCGCGAUCACGCAAGCUGCUGACGGUGGUGACCAAGAGCAAUGCGCAGCGCAACGGCAUGGUGCUGUGGGACGAGGUGGCCAGCAUUGUGGCACGUGACUUUCCCGAUGUCACAAUCGACAAGAUGCUUGUGGACGCCAUGACGGUUCGGAUGGUACUGCAACCGCAGAGCAUCGACACGAUCGUGGCCACAAACCUGCAUGCCGACAUCCUUUCGGACCUGGCGGCGGCUCUGGCCGGGUCCAUCGGCAUUGCGCCGACGAGCAACCUCGAUCCCAGCCGGGAGAACCCGUCGAUGUUUGAGCCCAUUCACGGGUCUGCCUUUGACAUCACCGGCCUCGGCGUGGCCAAUCCGGUGGCCACAUUCUGGACCGCGGCCGAGAUGCUCACGUGGCUCGGUGAGCCGGCUGCGGCGGACCGGCUGAUGGCCUGCGUCGAGAACGUCUGUGCGGCCGGCAUCAUGACUCCCGAUCUAGGCGGCACAGCCAAGACGGCUGACGUGACUGCUGCUGUGGUGGCGGAGAUCCGCAAGGGCAGCUGA